CGCGAACACCAGCGUUGUAGAGAGGAGGAGAGAGGAGAGGGGAGAGGGGAGAGAGGGAGGCAUAUCAAGGAGAAGCAUGAAGUAUAUCCCCGAUAUCUAAGCUCACAGAGGGGGAGAGCAUCUCGUCCUCCCUCGCUCUUUAGGGGCCGACUGGAAGCGGAGGGAGGCAGCGAGGCGGAGGACAGCAUGGAGGAGAAGAAGCAGUUUCUUUGUGGGGUGGUGGAAGGUUUCUAUGGGAGGCCUUGGACUAUGGAUCAGAGGAAGGUUCUCUUCCAAUGGAUGCAGAGUUGGGGGUUGAACACCUACCUGUACGGCCCAAAGGAUGACCUCAAACACAGACUACUGUGGAGGGAAGUCUACUCUCACGAGGAGGAGGGUCAGUUGCGUAUUCUCAUAAAGGAGGCCCAGUCGAGAGGCGUAACGUUUGUUUACGCCCUCUCCCCUGGUCAGGACAUCGUCUUCUCUUCUUCCUGUGACCUGACACUGCUCAAACGCAAGCUGAGACAGGUGUCAGACCUGGGUUGCCAGGCUUUUGCCGUCCUGUUUGAUGACAUCGACCAUUCCUUGUGUCAGGCUGACAGCGAGGCCUUCUCUUCCUUUGCUCAUGCUCAGGUCACUAUAACCAAUGAGAUCUAUCGCUUCCUGGGGGAACCACCCGUCUUCCUAUUCUGCCCCACAGAGUACUGCGGUUCUCUGUGUACUCCCAGUGUAUCAAAGUCUCCCUACCUGCAGACUGUGGGAGAGGACCUGCUGCCGGACAUAACAGUGAUAUGGACGGGCACUAAGGUCAUCUCCAGGAAGCUGUCUGUAGACUGCCUGUCUGAGGUGGAGUCUGUCCUCCAGCGCCCCCCCCUCAUCUGGGACAACCUGCACGCCAAUGACUACGACUCCAGACGUCUCUUCCUGGGGCCUUUUAAGGGCAGAGAGCCUCAGCUGAGGAGCAACCUGAGAGGCCUGCUUCUCAACCCCAACUGCGAGUUUGAAGCCAACUACAUCCCUCUCCACUCGCUGGGCAGCUGGUACAGAUCUGGAAAGGAGGAGAGGAAAGAUGAAGAGUGUGAAUACUGUCCUGAUAGAGCGCUGUCUGCUGCACUACAUGAUUGGAUGGAGGAACUCAACCAACCACUACAAGCAGGUCGGCAGAGCAGCCGAGCAGACCAGCGUUCCUCUGCUCAAACACCUCGCUGUAAAACUCCAGACCGAUCCGACUGCCCCCCCACCCUCGUGGACAGGCUUCCUGUUUUCCCUCUGAACUCCAGCUCGCCUCCGUCCUCACCCACUAAGGUCAAGGUGGAGACAGAGGGGGAGAAGAAGAGAUCAAACCAGCCCCAAGGACCCAGGCCUGGAGCACCCUCAGGGGGAGGCAGGGGGCAAAAGGCCCAGGGGUGGGGGCUUGGUGGUGGGAAGGGCCUCCUGAGUGAGUCCCAGGUGCGGCUGCUGGUGGGUCUUUAUUACCUGCCCCACGAGUAUGGCCUGUCGGGACAGAAACUGCUGCAGGACCUGAGCUGGCUGAAAGCAAACUGCCACCUGGUCAGUGCCAACAGCAAGAAGACAGCGCCUCAGAAGAUCGAUGAGUGGCGUGGUCGGUCCUCUAGGGUCUUGUCCCUGUGUGAGGACAUAGCACAGCUUCACUGCAGCGUGGUGGGGGGAGCCAACAGGGCGGUGCUCUAUGACCUUUACCCCUACGUGUGGGACCUGAGGAACACAGCUCUGGUGGCUAAAGCCUUCAUAUGCUGGCUGGAUGGGCGAGUGUUGAGUGACAGCUCCGCCUUGGGCACCUGGAAGAACUGCUUUCACUUGUGUGGGAAGACCCCAGGGGCGGACCUACUGGGAGUUGAAUCAGAACCAUGGGCGUUUAAAGGGGGCGUGUCUGGGGAGGUGCAGAUGCUUCUCCCAAUAGGCAGCAGCAAUGAACUCUUCACUCAUCCUCCUCCUCUCUUCCCCACCUCUCGUCUCUAUAACAUCAGGCCUUAUCACAGCAAGGACAAGUUGGAGUUGUAUCGGAUGGUGCGCCAACUCCACCUGAGGACUCAGGGUGUCCAAGAGUCCAGUGCUCUUCACCCAGAUGUGAUAGGAGACAGAUGUCUCGGGCCGUGCCUGGUGUUGUCCCCGGAGUACUGCUUCAUCCUGGAGGAUGAGCUGGGUGUGUGUGGCUGUGUGUUGGGCAUCUUGGAUGUCCGCAUGUUUGCCAAGCGGUGCCAGGCCAGCUGGAUGCCGGCCAUGAGGGACAAAUACCCAACUAAAGGGGGCAACACACACCCCAACCCACAGGACUUGAUCCAGCUGAUGGAGGAGGACCAGGGGGAGUACCCCGAGUCCCUCCUCUUUCACUUCCCCUCUCAGUUGCGCCUGGACGCCCUGCCGGAGCUGGUGGACGUCAGCGUCAGCCGGACUCUGCUCACCGCCAUGCUAACUGCUCUCAAGGCCAACGGUUCUCAGGGUGUGUUCUGCGAGGUGCAGCCGACAGACCGUCAGAGGCUGGAGUUCUUGACCAAACUGGGCUUCCUGGAGAUCCUCAGGGGAGAGGCCAGGAGCAGAGAGGGGGUGGUGCUAGGGAGGCUGCUCUGAACACACACACACACACACCUAGAGAUCUGCAGACAUACAGCUGAUACACAGAGGCACUUACACACAAUACAAUGUUACAACACAGUACAUUCAGUACAGCAUAGAGGAGGAAGGGUGUGUAUUUCAAAGUCAAGAGAAGAAAAAAAAGGGACAAUCUUGGAGUCUGUGGCAGCGGUAAUGGGGAUGAAUGGAGAUUUUUGAAGGAUUUACAAACUAUAAAAUAAGCUUUGAGUUUAAAACUUCAGCAGAGCAUUGCUAAUCUUCCACGUCCUGGCUACGGAUUACAAGACUUAGUCAAGUUUGAAGGAAGUCAACGCCAGGAUAGUGUGAGAACUCUGGGAGCAGAGCAGCAGAUCACAGCAGCUACAGCUCCUCCAGGAUAUUGGCUCAGUGAUUGGUCUGUUUCUUAGGUCUGUUUGUCGGUAAAAUGACUGGCUCCAUGUUCUUGAAAGUGAAUGGAAGAAACCACUCAUUACAUUGUAAGGCAUGGGAUGUCUGAAUGAUUUAAACAAUCACCUAUCGACUAGGAACAUUUGUUGGAAAACUUGAAAAAAAGCUAUAAAUGUCUUUGUUUAGCACACUCAGCUAUACAAUUGAACACAUCUUCUUUGUUGCGUUGGUGUUUUCUCCACAUAAGGUCUAAAAGCCUAUGAACACCAGCAGUUGGUCACACCAGUUACUGUUUGUAACUCCCAGCAAGAAAGGUGAUGGUGUUUCUAACUGCUUCUUCAAGAUGAUUGGGACUCCUCCCCUCUUGUAAAACCAAAGUUAAGCUGCCGCCGUGGAUCUGGUGCUCCGCUCCCUUUGUUCAUAAGAGAUAGCCUUUUUCUUUAAUAGUCAGGAUGUUGUUUCCUAGCUGCUGUCCUGUUGGUUAAAUAGAGUCUAACAGACUGACCCAGGCACAGCGUCACUGUUGUUUACACUCGACUAGUAUAGAUGAAUGUUUACAUGCAUGAAAAAACUCAACAUUGUGUGGCUGUAACGUAAGAUUACGUGUAUACUGACAUCAACAAUAACAGGCUUUAACAUGGCGCCAUUAAUGAAGAUGUUUAUUGAGCUUUUACAGCCAAAAAGCAAAUGCAUGCAGGCUCACAUUCAUCAGAAAAACAACAAAACAAGUUCAGAUUGUGAAUAAAACACACACACACACACACACACACACACACACACACACACACACACACACACACACAUAUAAACCCUGAGGUUAAUUGGAUAUAUCAUAUACUUCCCUAACUUCAGAAUGCAUCACCAGUGAGUGUGUCUGGUGCAUACAUGUGUACUUUGUGCAUGGUGAGUGUGUGUUAGUGAUAGACUGCCUUUAUUCUGACCCAUAAUGAACACAAGCGUACACACACAAACACACAGUCAUAUUAAAGAAGCACAAAAGCACUCACAAUCAAACCUUCAACUGAAAGUACAUACAACUACGAAUGUUCAUUUUUUGUAAAGCAGCUUCAAGGACACAAGUACUAUUUGUGCACGUAUUUAUAUUUCUACUUUUUUUUAAUUAAUAUUAUCAUGCUUGAUCAAUCACAGACUGAGAGGCACUUUUGUAUGUUUCGUCUCAUUACAUCACCAUUGUCUGUGAGGUAGAUCAUGAUCAAAUAAUGAAGACCCAAUAAUGAUGUAGAUAAAGAAAUCCUGAAAAGCACUGAGACAGAAAUGCAUGAUUCAAAGAACAUUCUUAGAAAACCUUAUUGUGGAAGUAUGUCACUUCACUUGUGAAUCUUUUUAAUAAUCUUUAAAUAUGAUUUAGUUUUGUUGUUUACAUUAGGCUGGUGUGGAUGCUUUGUGUGUUGAUGGGGACUUGUGUGUGUGUUUGGGAAUGUAGAUGUUUUUGGGAAAUAAUCAUCUCCACAGGCAAAAAGGAGUACUGUGAAAAGUCUCACAAUUAACACCUUCACUUUUUCAUUUAAGGAGAUUUCAAUGUAUUAAUAACAUUAAUUAAAAUAAUAACUAUAAUGAUAAUAAUAAUGGCUUCUUCUUGGCCUAAACAGCUCACCACUCUUUCUGUUUCAUAACAACAUCACGUGUACUUGUCUCACCGUCUGCCUGCAUUCAGAUACAUGUUUACGUCUAUUUCUACAUUGAGUCCCAGUGGAGUUCUAUGUAUGUCUAUGCAGCGUAAUGAAGGGGUGAAAAAACAAUUACUGUUGAAUUCAGUCUGUGUUUUUAUUUACGCUUAAAAACGAUUGAUUUUAUUGAACCGACUUGUUAAUUUCAUGCCUAUUAAAAGAUUUAUUUCCCUUCAAA